GCACCGGGAGCGCUCCUUACCCAGAUGGUUACCUUUGCAUCAUAUAGUGGUGACAUCUAGCGACUUUCUUUCAAACUACAGCUAUCAGCAAAACCUAGUGUAGGAUUUGACCCCUCCCUUAGGCCUUCCGGAAAUGAAAACAAGUCAGUGAGACGAACGACAGACCCUUCCCUACUCACAACAAUCUACAAAAUGAACCAGAUCAUCAAGCUGCUACAAAACGUUUUGUUGAUGUCGCUGUUGUUCCUGACGACCUCAGGUCUCCACCAACCAGGAGGUAACGACGCCACCAAACCGCACAUCGUGUUCAUUGUGGCAGAUGACCUCGGNNGGAAUGAUGUCGGCUGGCACAACCCUGAUGUCAAAACUCCUGUUCUGGACCAGCUGGCUCAUGAGGGCGUCAUCCUAAACCAGUCUUACGUCAACUAUGUCUGCACGCCGUCUCGGACAGCAUUUAUGACUGGCUACUUCCCUUACCACGUUGGAUCACAGCACCUUGUAUUCCGGCCAGACCAGCCCUCAGCCAUCCCGUCUAACUUCACCUUCCUGCCCGAGAAGCUGAAGGCGUUAGGGUACGCCACUCACAUGGUCGGCAAAUCCUGGCAUAGACGGUGUGAGUCAGCUGGACACCAUUCUGUCCGGCAAAUCCUCCCCACGUACUGAGUUUGUCUAUAACAUUGAUGACAUCUUCCCAACAGUCCAAGGUGCCAUAAGGGUUGGAGACUACAAGUUGAUAGAAGGCUUUGCUGGGAUAUUCAAUGGAUGGUACCCGCCCCCGAACAUGACUGGCAGCCACCCCAACAGUGGAGAUCCUAUCAACGGGACCUGGCUAUUCAACCUGAAAGAUGACCCCACAGAGCACCACAACCUGGCAGACUCCAUGCCGGACAAGCUGAAGGAGAUGCAGGCCAAGCUGGACGGAUACAGGAAGACCCUGGUGCCAGCCAUUAACCCAAAGUCCGACCCCAAAUCCGACCCCAAAAACUGGGGAGGGGCCUGGUCACCUGGAUGGUGCUAGGCAAUGGGACUGGUUCUUUAACACUUGGACAAAUAAUAUAACGUUAAUCCUCUCUAACAAAGUUUGGGAUUUUGAGAUUCCGUGCAAUUAACAGAUGUGUGCGGUAAUAGUUGUGCAAUUAACUGGCUUACCAUUAUGGUACUAGCUUGCUAUAUGUGCUUAUAAUACUGAGUGGUGCUAUGCAACAACUUCGUUAGAGAGGAUCAUGCAAUAUGUUUCUUAUUCUGACUCUUUAUGUCCUAAACGUUGGAUGUUGAAAAAAGUGUACAUAAUUGAGACCUAUUUUUCUGCAGUCAUUGCAUAACAGUCUUGGUGUAAUUUUUCUCUAUAUGCUGAAAAAAUAAAAGAUUAUAUUGAUGGCAAUGAAAUACUUAUUUCUAAAGGUAGCAGCUUUAAUAAUACUGUUGCACCAUAUUGUCCCAGCAGUCUGAGAUGGUUUAACUCACAUAUUGAUGCUGUAGUGACAUAUUACCUUGAUGUUGUUUAUAUUUUUCCAAAGAACUAUAAAAUUGUAGAUUGAUUGUUAUCAAUGAUUACGAUUUAUAAUGAUUGGAAAAGAGAUCAUGUCUAUCUUGUGCUGUUGACAGCAAAAUUAUAUGAAUUUGCAAAUAAAUUUCCUUUCCUUUAAAACUGUUUAGCAAAUUUCCUAAAUAAGAAUAUCAUUGAGUGAGUGUCAUAGAAUCCAAAUGUUAUCAUUGUAACGUUGCACCCCAAAUAAAAUGAGAUGCAUUGUA